GGGAGACAGAGAGAAGGGGAAAGGAUAUGCACCGGGAGCCGAGACACCCCAGUUUCUCUCGUAAUAUCUCAACCUGGUAUUCCAGGGGUUUCCCCGAUGCCGCUACAUGUAUAUAUAUGUAGGUGUGUGCCGGUAGUCUCGGACGAGUCUACUCCAACUCUCUACUGUCUCAGUGCAUAUAUAAUAGCGUCUAUCGACCAAGACCUCGUUUUUGUCCAUCUGGAAUCCUCCAUACUGGCAGCCAAAAGCUUCCUCCCGAAAAGACUUGCCAACUCGAAUAGCCGCCAAAAAUGACCGAAGAACUCAAGACCUACCGGGGCAACUGCCACUGCGCUGCCUACAUCUACGAAGUCAAACUACCCGAGAUAACGAGCUUGACCGAGUGUAAUUGUAGCAUGUGCUACAAGAGAGGUGGUCUCUGGGCGCUGCCCAAGCCUGGGAACUUCCGUUUCGUCAAGGGCGACCCCGAGACCCUAACCAACUACUCUUUUGCCCAAAAAUCCUUCAGCCACAAGUUCUGCCCCAACUGUGGGAUCCAGGUCCUAGUCGUUGGCUUUGUGGAGCCCCCAAAGCCUGGAGAGGAGACGGAACCACUUACUGGCGUCAAUGUUCGGACGUUCCAGCACGGCCAGGGGGUCGAUGUGUGGACGAUAGAAAAGACGCUGCUCGAUGGCAGGUCCUGGCCGCCGGCCUACAAACCACCAAAGUUCACAGGCGCAGAGCCAAAGGCCGAGAUAGAAGGGGGAAGGCUGUACACGGGAAGCUGCCACUGCGGCGCCGUCAGAAUUGCGUUGAAAUCCAAGCCGCUGGAUAAGACGUUCACAGACAGGAUCAGCGAAUGCAAUUGUAGCAUAUGCGGAAGGACCGGCUCCGUCUGGAUCUAUCCUGCGAAAGAGCAAGUCGUGACAGAGGGGGAGGAAAAUCUCGCUGUCUAUCUGUCUGGCACUAGGCUAUUUGGAAAGUCGUUUUGCACGACGUGUGGAAUUCAGGUGCACAACCUAAUGCAGCCUGUGUCUGAAGAAGACAUCGAAAAUAUGCCACAAGGUCAAGCAGACUUCAUUAGGAGCUCCUUUCCUAUCCAGCCGAUCAACUUGAGGGUUUUCAACGAUGUCGACGUUCACGAUUUGAACGUGCAACAGUUCGACGGCUACAACAUCAUCGAACCGCGAUAUGUCGAGCCGUAGAGUAUCGAUAUCAAAGGGGCACGGGGUCGGAGGCCCGUAGUUGCAGGCAGCCGUAGUUCGCGGUCGUCGGAAUCAAAAUCCUGGCUCUGAUCCAACCAUUAUAUGCAAUCUAAACG